CAGGAAAACAUUUGGAUAGAGAAAUGAAUUGACUAACUUGCUAACAAACAGACAACUAACUAAAUAUCAUUAGACUCAAUUUUAGGGCGGUUUUCUACGGAUUUCAGCACUCACUCGACAGGAUGUGACGUCCCACCUCCACCUCUUGUCCAUCACAGCUCAGUGGGCUCUGUGUAAUUUAACCAACACGGUGGCCUGUCAACGCGAAAAAGACAGACAGCAUAAACAGUCCACCUUUCGGACUUUUAUAAUAAAAAUGGCCCAGCUGCGGGCCUGUUUGCAGCCUGACAACAACCGCCGUCGUCUGCUAAUCCGAUAGUGCGAAGGACUUUGAGUGACUGCGGGCUGGCUACCUAGCUAACGUUACGCAGCUGUCUGACACCAAAGCUAAUCGGCUACCUACCGUUAGCUGUAGCGGCUCGCUUUGCCAUAUGAUAUUGACGCACAUUGCACAGGGACAGACCUCUACAGAAAGCGACUGGAUCACCAAAACAACCCCCGUCACGCUGAAAUGGACAAAGAAGAAGCCGACCGGCUGAUAGAGAAGGCGAAGCUGUGUUUACGGUCCGGGCGGAAAGAUCGGGCUCUGCAGCUGCUGUAUGAAGCCCAGAAUAUUUACCCCAGCACCCGGGCCAGAGUGCUGAUCGAUGCCAUAGUAAGGAACGGAGGCAACGCUGCUCCACAAGCAAACCACGUGCCCCCGCCGUCAGGCUGGAGAGACGAGGACUUUAAACACAACGAAACGAGUCAAAUGAAUGGUGAUGAAAAGAAGAGCUACACCGAGGAGCAACGGCAGGGUGUUCUCAGGAUAAAGAACUGCAAGGACUUCUAUGAAAUUCUCGGUGUUCCCAAAAAUGCUAGCGAUGAAGAUCUGAAGAAGGCGUACAGGAAGUUGGCCCUCAAGUUUCACCCUGAUAAGAACUUUGCUCCAGGAGCUACAGAUGCUUUUAAAGCAAUAGGCAAUGCAUAUGCAGUGCUGAGCAAUCCAGAGAAGAGGCAGCAGUAUGAUCAAUACGGAGAUCAAUCUGCAACUUCGAACGCACCUCAACAACCCAGCCAUAAUCGCCAUGGCUACUACCGAAGCUUCCACAGAGACUUUGAGGCCGACAUUUCCCCUGAGGAGCUCUUCAACAUUUUCUUUGGAGGACGAUUUCCCACAGGAAAUAUCCAUGUGUACACCAACCAGGGAGCCUCCUACUCUCAGUUCUAUCAGCCUCGUCGUCGACGUGCUUAUGAGAGGCGCGAGGAGGUGGUGGAGGAAAACCAGAGUCAGAACACCUUCACAGCGCUCCUGCAGCUUCUCCCUGUGCUGGUGCUAAUCCUCAUAUCAGUAUUUACUCAGAUGAUGGCCACUAACCCGCCCUACAGUCUCUUCUAUAAGCCGGCCAUGGGGCUGGUGGUGUCCAGGGAAACGCAGCACAUGGGUGUACCAUACUAUGUGGAUAAAAGUUUUGAGAAGGAAUAUCGCGGAGCUGCGCUGGAUGAAUUAGAGAAAACGAUUGAGAGCGACUAUAUCGAACACUUGCAGAGCAGCUGCUGGAAAGAGAAACAGCAAAAAUCAGACUUGGCAAACCUCGGACAACUGUACCGAGAUGAACGUUUAAAGCAGAAGGCAGAGUCAAUGAGGCUCGACAACUGUGAGAAACUGCAUCGAUUGGUUGGGCGUCAGAGAGGCAAAUGAGGACUGUUUGAGAGGAGAACACGUUUCUUUACAGACUUUACAACAAUGCAUUUUAGUAAGGGGGGAAUUUAUCCAAUCUGGCCACUUUGUAAAGAAAUCUCUUUUAGGUACAGCGCAGUCAGUGGCAGAUUAUGCCUCUGGAAACAAUGUGCCUUCUCUCCUCUUUGAUGGUAGAAGAUAGAGUUGCAUGUCAGCUGCCAACCCUGACUGUGGUGGCAGCAGCAUCACGUGCGAACUCACUGCGGCAGUGUGUACGAUGUCUCAGAGCCUUUAAACUUUCUUAUAGAAAUGGCAUGACAGAACGGGGUCUCCCUUCGGGGGUUAUGAAGGCAGUAGUAUGUUCACACAUACACGUUUUGUUUUAGGUUUUGUAGUUAACAUGUAUUUAUUUUCUUGAAUGUUUUUGUGUCCUCGCUGAAAUUUUAGGUGUAUUUAUUUAAUAGUUAAUAGAGUGAAUGUUACCUGAGCACCUUGGCUCAUCUUUUUUUUCUGUAGGAAGUUAAAAGUACAGUGACUUAAAUAAUACUGUAGUCGUUGGACAAAUCUGAGAGCUUCUGUACUGUGAAAUGACAGAGGACUUUUUAUUUAUUACUACAAGACGAAUCAGACAUUAGAAAGGACUGCAACAUGUAUACUGUGGUUAAUCAGGCGGUAUGACCUCCGGCAAUACACCAUUAGGAGGCACAGUAAAGUAAAACCACGACCACAUUUUUCUAGUUGUGUUAUUAAAGGUUAUACUUGCCAAAAAAUGAGCUGUCUCCCCACACUACCGCUUGCAUAGGUGUUUAUUACAUUGGUCAUUAAGCUUCUGCCAUUCAGGAAGUUGAGUGUUUUAGCAGUGGCCAUAUAGUUUAGGUUUAAGCGUGAGAAACGACUGUUGUGUGUUGCAAAAAAAAGGCCACUUUUCGAUGAAGUCAUUUUGAUUUGUCACAGGCAGGGAGUCCAGUUCAACCAAAAAUCCUGUUCACAGUCCUACACAGUGUUUUCUGGUGUACCUGCUAGAUAUCAGAGGCUCAGUAUGGAGCAUUACCUGUAAGGUUGUCGGGGCUUAGAUGGCAUGCAAUACCUUCUUUUCCUAAACAGUGCACAAGCUUAAAUGAUUUUGUUGUCAGAAAAUCGCUAUUCGGCCCAUAUUUUAUAAAUGUUUUACACGUUCUGCACCUUUAGUUUAUACCGAUGUUUUAUAGAGAAGACGCAUUUUGUUUUGAAAAUCUCAACUUAAUCAGAAUUAUCAGUAUAAAUCGGUUAGAAAUUACAUUUUAACCUACAGUAGAUACAUUUUAUUAAAAAGAAAUGGCCGUAUUUGCUUAAACU